UAUUGGAGUAUACCUGAAAGGGAAAUCACUUCAGGACUCUGGAAGUUGUUCUGUUUGUUACAGUCACAGAGCAUUUGCUACAGAGGCAUUUCAGAAGAAAAACUCACCAACUAACACUCUACAAUGAGGGAGCCUGCAGUGGAUCAGUAUGUAGUGGUCAGGCCACUUUACUCAGAAGACUCUUUUAAGGAAGACAAUGUGAAAGUGCAUAGAUACCACAAGUCUACGUUGGACCACGUGAAGCUUUACUUCAGUUGUUCCAAACAAAAAGCAAAAAAUGCAGCUUUGACGCUAUUUCCGAUAGCAUCUUGGCUCCGAGCUUACCAGGUAAAGGAGUGGCUUUUUGGUGACAUUGUCUCUGGAGUCAGCACUGGACUUGUGGCUGUUCUACAAGGUCUUGCCUUUGCAUUGCUGGCUUCAGUUCCCCCUGGUUAUGGACUAUAUUCAGCCUUUUUCCCAGUUUUAAUCUACUUCUUUUUGGGCACUUCAAGGCAUAUAUCAGUUGGUCCAUUUCCAGUGCUGAGUUUGAUGGUUGGCUCGGUAGUUACCAAGUUAGUCCCGGAUGCUACAGGACUAAGUGCAAAUUCAACUGAGGAGAUGUCUAUAGAGGAAAAACGGGUCAUUGUGGCUGCAUCUGUAUCUUUUCUGGUUGGGAUUUUUCAGCUUGGUUUAGGGUUACUGCAGGUAGGAUUUAUAGUCAUCUACCUGUCAGAGACACUGAUUUCUGGCUUCACAACUGCAGCAGCCAUUCAUAUCCUGGUCUCCCAACUGAAAUUCAUAUUAGGAUUACAAGUUCCUGGAUUUAGCGGACCCUUUGCUAUUAUUUCUACACUGGAAAGUAUUUUCACACAGAUCACGGACUCGAAUGUAGCAGAUAUUGUUACUUCAAUUAUUGUCAUAGUUGUCGUAUUCAUUGUGAAAGAAAUCAAUGAUCGAUAUAAAGCACAGCUGCCUGUCCCCAUACCCAUCGAAGUGAUCAUGACCAUCAUAGCAUGUGGAGUAUCCUAUGCAUUUGAUUUCAAAACACUGUAUAAAGUAAAUGUUGUUGGAGAAAUAACGAAGGGAUAUCAGAUGCCAGUGGCACCUAGUUUAGAGGUUUUCCAGAGCAGUGCGAUGGAUGCCUUUUCCAUGGCGAUUGUUGGAUUUGCUGUAGCCUUUUCUGUUGCCAAAGUGUAUUCUGUUAAGCAUGACUAUGUUAUUGAUGGCAAUCAGGAGUUAAUAGCUUUUGGUGUUAGCAAUAUAUUUUGUUCAUCUUUCAAAGGAUUUGCAGUUAGUACUGCCCUCUCAAGAAGCGCUGUGCAGGAAAGCACAGGGGGGAAAACACAGAUUGCUGGUCUGAUUUCAGCUUUACUGGCAAUGAUAACCACAGUGGCAAUUGGAUUCCUUUUGGAACCACUUCAAAAGUCUGUUCUGGGUGCUUUGGUGGUGGUAAAUUUGAAGGGGAUGUUGAUGCAAAUGAGGGAGAUCCCAUAUCUUUGGAGAAAGGACAGACCUGAUUGUGUGGUCUGGUUGGUGACUUUCAUUGCGUCAGUGUUUCUUGGACUUGACCUGGGAUUGGCAGUUGGUUUAGGAAUUGAACUUGUGACAGUUGUAUUUAGAACGCAAUUCCCACGCUGUUCUGUUCUGGCCAAUAUCAAGGGGACAGAUGUUUACAGGGACAGAAAAGAUUACGUUAGUAUCUAUGAGCCUGAAGGAGUAAAGAUCUUUAGAUGCCCAUCACCAAUUUUCUUUGCCAACAUUGAAUUCUUCAGAGAAAAGCUAAUUGCUGCUGUGGGAUUUAAUCCACUGAGAGUCUUACGAAAGCGUAACAAGGCCUUAAGGAAAAUCAAGAAGCUUUUAAAGAAAGGAGAGCUGCAGAUAACAUCAAAAGGUUUCUUCUGCGUAGGUCCUGGAGCUGGUGAUGUUUCUGAAGAUGAGGGGAACAUUGAGGAACUGGACCAGCCCAUUAACUUUGAGGAUUUGCCUGUUCAGAUCAAUUGGAAUGCUGAACUCCCAGCCACCAUUCAGGUCCCCAAGAUUGAUUUGCAUAGCAUCAUCCUUGACUUCGGAGCUGUAUCGUUCGUGGAUAUUUCAGCCUUGAAGGGGCUCAAAGCGUCAUUGAAAGAAUUAAUCAGGAUCGAUGUGGAGGUCUACAUUGUUGGGUGUGACUGUAAUGUUCUUGAAAAACUAGAACAAUGUUCAUUCUUUGAUGAUGAAAUAAAGAGCUCCAUCUUUUACCUGACCCAUCAUGAUGCCAUGCUGCACAUUUUACAGAAGCACCCUGACUGCCACGAGGAGUUAAAGCCAGCAAAGGUUGAUGACCACACGGUUCAACAUGCUGGGGGUGGAAGUUUGAGAAACAGGGAGAAUGCGGUUCCAAUUUCUGGGACAAAAUUUUAAACAUCUGAAGGAAAUCUGGGGUGCUCAUCAACCUGAAAAUGAAGGCUAUUCAAUUUAUACUUUCAAAUGGAUGUGAUAAUUAUUGGGUAGUUACUGCUUGUUAUUGGGUAGAAAACAAGGAGUAUGUGUUUAUCUAAAACAAAACAAAAAACAAAUAACAGUAACAGGGUUAGCCAUGUUGUGUAACUAUUUUGACUCCUAGCACAAGCAUGCUUUUAUUUGUUUCAAUUAAAUGUCCUUCGGAUGAGAUGUAAAACGAGCUCCUAUUGUGACUCUGCAGCAGCAGUUAUUGAUGCAUAGUUCACUCCCUAGUCUCUGUAAGUCGCUUUGGAUAAAAGCAUCUGCUAAUCGACUAAAUAAUAAUAAUAAUAAUAAUGCAUUCCUAUGCAAAACCUUUUUUUUGUGUAAUUAAUUUCAGUAAAUUAAGCAAUGGUUUGAUAAAAUAUUGGUAAAAGUUUCAAUAAAUGUGUGUGUGUGUGUGUGUAUAUAUACAUUUGUGUGUGUGUGUAUAUAUAUAUAUAUAUAUAUAUAUAUAUAUAUAUAUAUAUAUAGUAUAUUAUAUAAAAAGAUAGCAUUGGCCUGUCUAUGUAAAACAGUAAAGCAAAUAUCUAGGUUUGUCAGAGGUAUCUGCUGAUAAUUUGAAUAACCCUGCUGAAGCUCAUUAUACAUUUUCCUCAUGUGAUACCACAUGAAGCAGCCUUUAAUAUAUUUUGUAUAUAGAUUUCUAAUUAAUAUAUAUAUAUAUCAAUACUGACUUUAGAAUUUUACAGAUACGUGUUAUUAUAAAAUGUGACUUCCACUGCCUUAAUUUUGUACAAACUAUACAUGAACAUAAACAAAAUAUUAAAUUGGUUUAAUGGAAUGAUAACAUCUACUGUACAUUAUGAUUACUGUAACAUAUGACAAUAAGGUGUGCAUUCUCAGUCGCACUUUUUGUAAUAUGGGAUUGCCAAAUGUGAAUGAUAGCCCUUUCUUCCAGUUGGAAAACAAAAAUAGGAUACAUUAUUUUUGUGCUUAAUCAAAAAAAUACUAUUUAGAGCCUUAAACUAAAGCCCUUUCCAGCUGCUGUUUAAAACGGGAACUACCAUUCAUGUACUGUAUAUUUAAGAUGAAUUUGGAGACUUUUGAUUCAUUUUCUACUUUGCAAAUGUACUAAAACCUGAACUGUUUAGUGACUGUAUGACUUUAUUUCUAGCAGACAAUAAACAUUUGAACCACUUGUGUGCAUACAUUUAU